AUGGAAGAUGUUUCAAGGAUAUACAAAUGCAAAUCCAAGGAUCUGUUUGAGAUUCUCGAUUGUAUCAGGGAGAUAUCAGAGGUGUCGAUUACUCCAAGGAGGGAUAACUUAGGGACUCGUUUCGGCUUCGCAAAGUUCACUGAAGUUGAAGAUUCGCGAUUGCUUGCGGUGAAAUUGGAUAACAUUUUGUUCAAUGGGAAGAACAUUCACGCCAAUGUUCCACGUUUCAAUAGCAAAUGCAAUGAAGCUGCGAUUGGGAGGUCUUUGGGUGCGAAUAAAUCGUUUGGUCAGAACAGUAAGCCAAGAUUUAUGAAGUCGAAAACGUAUAAGGGUGAUGUAGGUGGGAGGAAGGAUUCAAGAUCGUUUGCAGAUGUCGUUGCGGAUAAAAUUCCUUCGGGUAAUCAACCUAUGAAGUUUAAAUCGUUUGCUUACAACUCUAAGGAGGAAGAUAGAACUAGGUAUUCAAAAGCUUAUGUCAGUGUAUUGCGGUGUCCUGGUUCGGCUUGUGGGAUUCAAGAGAGCAUCGAGAUAGCGGGAUUUUUUGUGAUUAAGGUGACUCCUAUGGGGGCAAACAAAUGUCUGUUGGAGGAAAUCGAAGAUGGUGUAAUGGCUGAGUUCUUGAAAGAAUAUGAUUCGUGGUGGAAAGACUCGUUCGUAGAGAUUGCUAAAUGGAAAGAUGAAGAUGUUGAUUCGAGAAGAGCGGUGUGGUUUAAUUUAUUUGGAAUUCCAAUUUUGGUGUGGAACUCUAAUUUUUUUAAGUUGUUAGCCAAUACUAUGGGUUUGUUUAUUAGCAUUGAUUCUGAUACUGCAAAUGGGCGUUCUAUGGAGGUGGCCAGAAUUCAAGUUAAAUUGGAUCUUUUUAGUAGUGUGCAAGAACUGUUUGUUGUUAUUAUCGAUGGAAAGCCUUUUAUGUUGGUGAUUGAGAAGAUUCGCUAG